CUGAAUGCAGCGUCGAUCCUUCUCUCUGAAGUGUAGAUAUAGAGACCGCAGUGUUUUUGUCACAGGACCGUGGUUUGUGGACCCCUCUUUUUGCGUUUCCUUCUUUCUCAGAUUCAUGAACUUUGUGUCGCAUAUAAUCGUCUCAGUGUGAAGCUCCACCUGAAGUGACAUCAUACCAUAAUUUUUAAGCUGGAAACAACAUGUUUAUGUAAUUGCCAGUGAAAAGAGAGCGCGAGGAGUGUGGAGAAAGAGGAUUUUACAAGAUCUGGAAGAACUAGUGGAGUGGUUACUCUCUAUUUCCAUCUUACACACACACACACACACACACACACACACACACACACAAAUUGGACUGGCGGUCGAAUAAUGAUACCCAAAUAAAUUUUUAAAGAUAUUUCUAUGCACUCUUUUAUGUAACAGGCAAACAUCUUUUUUGCCUACAGAUGAUUGUCCGGAAAAUGUUUCACAAUAAAAGCAUUGUUAUAAAAUGAACAGUUUUUGUCCACUGAAAUAUUGAAGAGCUUUGAAACUGAAACAGUGUAAUUCGGCAUUUUUAACAGAACACAAUAAGAAGAAAGGGUACAAAUUCUACUCAUCAAAUAGAAGGAUAGAGAAAUGUGCAGUUACAUCCCAGAGUGCCGUGUAACACAAAAGAGGCAGUUUCUGUUCUUGGUUUUGUGUGGUAGCCAGUGAAGCUAAAGGUAGCAUCACCACUGUUAGCAGCAGAUUGUCCCGAGCAGCUGGAAAAACAGGAUGGCUGGGUGAUGGUAGUGAAGUGUAGUCCUAAACAGAAGCCCUUCAGUACAGGUACAGGUUUCAAAUCGUUUUUCCCCACUCAGUAACACACCUGCCAGGGAACAAUCUCUGGUUAUUGGCAAUUUUGUUCUGAGACGUGAAGCUAGAGUGGUGGCUAAUGAUAAAUGUAAAUUUGGUAAAAUUAAAAUUCACAUCAGCAGUAAUGGCUAAGUCAAUUGGAGUUUGCUAAAAUUAAUAUUGAAUUGGUGUGUAACUUUGCCAAAACCAUAUCGGGCUCUGUAGCCAGCCGGGCCACAGGCGCCAGGCCCCGCCAAUCGGCCACCAGGAGUGAGUUGGUACAUACAUGAGCGCCCAGCCCCAGACACCAAGAACCACCAACACACCAACGUCUGAGGGCAUCAGCCAGCAGCAGGGAGUGUGGUGGGGGGAGAUAGGCCUCCAUACCUCGGAGAGCCUGAAUGUGUUCCCAUAGAGGUGGAGUCUAAGACCCAACCUGACAUAUAGACACAGACGAACAGGCACACGCAGACACAAACGUGCAUUCCCACCCCCAUAUACACAAACAAAUACUCGGCACACACCCGACGUGGAGAAAGACACAAAUAGACACUGUACACACAUUCACACUCCCCAAACAUACUCUAUAUCCCAGGUCCAGGUACCCCUGCCGCCAGAGGGGCAAACCGUACCUAGACCCAGGAGAUGUAACCCUUCUCUCUGGGGUGGAGGCAAGCAGACCGCCUCCUUAUCUGCAGUAGCAGGGAGGCCCCGCAUCCCAGACCCCAAUUUGACAGCCAGCACCUCCUCCCAGCCCCCCAGCCCUGACGGUUAACAGAACGGGGGUGAAGGAAGAAAGUGUGCGUGAGCUGAUGUGGAUGUGAAUUCAGCAGCAUGGAUCAGUGUGAGGACAGAGAGGAGGGAGUCCCUCCCUCUAAAACCACUCUGUGUGGGGACCAUGAGAGCCAGAGCAAAGCUCAGAGAGUGGACCAGGUGAGCUCAGAGGUUCCCAGUGAUCAGUCUGCCCAGCAGAGUCAGACACACCUGGACUCCAUAAUUACGCUGCUGGAGGACAACAUCAUCACUUUUGUGAAGAAUGAGGUGAAGAUGAUUCACAAAGUUCUGAGCCAAGAUUACCCAACAUAUUUUGAGAGUGAGAGGGAGGAAGAGGAGCGGUUGGAGGAUGAGGAUGAAGAGCAGAGGUGGAGAAGCACAGAGGCAUUUGUGACGAUCGCACUGAACUUACUGAGGAGAAUGAAGCAGGAGAAGUUGGCUGACCGUCUGCAGAACAAAUAUCUUGCUUCAGUUUGUCAACGCAAACUUAAAUCUAAUGUGAAGAAGAAGUUCCAGUGUGUUUUAGAGGGGACUGCUAGAGUAGAAAAUCCAACCCUUCUGAAUCAGAUCCACACAGAGCUCUACAUCACAGAGGGAGGAACUGCAGAGGUCAAUGAUGAACAUGAGGUCAGACAGAUUGAAACAGCAUCCAGGAAACAGUACAGACAGAAAACAAGAAUCAGAAAAGAAGAUAUAUUCAAAGCUGGGAAGCCUGGAAGAGAUAAACCAAUCAGAACAGUGUUGACAAAGGGAGUGGCUGGCAUUGGGAAAACAGUCUUAACACAAAAGUUCAGUCUUGGCUGGGCAGAAAACAGAGCCAACCAGGACAUCCAGUUCAUAUUUCCAUUUACUUUCAGAGAGCUGAAUAUGUUGAAAGAGAAAAAGUUCAGCUUGGUGGAACUUGUUCAUCACUUCUUUACUGAAAUCAAAGAAGCAGGAAUCUGCAGCUUUGAAGACUUCCAGGUUGUGUUCAUCUUAGAUGGUCUGGAUGAGUGUCGACUUCCUCUGGACUUCCACAAAACUGAAAUCCUAACUGAUCCUAAAAAGUCCACCUCAGUGGGUGUGCUUCUGACAGACCUCAUCAGGGGGAACCUGCUUCCCUCUGCUCACCUCUGGAUAACCACACGACCUGCAGCAGCCAAUCAGAUCCCUCCUGAAUAUGUUGACUCGGUGACAGAGAUCCGAGGGUUCACUGACCAUCAGAUGAAGAAGUACUUUAGGAAGAGAUUCAAAGAAAAAAAGCAGGCCAGCAGGAUCAUCUCCCACAUCAAGACAUCACGAGGCCUCCACAUCAUGUGCCACAUCCCAGUCUUCUGCUGGAUCACUGCUACAGUUCUGGAGGAUGUGCUGAAAACCAGACCAGGAGGCAAGCUUCCCACAACCCUGACUGAGAUGUACAUCCACUUCCUGGUGGUUCAGGCCAAAGUGAAGAAGGUCAAGUACGAUGGAGGAGCUGAGACAGAUCCACACUGGAGUCCAGAGAGCAGAAAGAUGAUUGAGUCUCUGGGAAAACUGGCUUUUGAUCAACUGCAGGAAGGAAACCUGAUCUUCUAUGAAUCAGACCUGACAGAGUGUGGCAUUGAUAUCAGAGCAGCCUCAGUGUACUCAGGAGUGUUCAAACAGAUCUUUAAAGAGGAGAGAGGACUGUACCAGGACAAGGUGUACUGCUUCAUCCAUCUGAGUGUUCAGGAGUUUCUGGCUGCUCUUCAUGUCCAUCUGACCUUCAUAAAGUCUGGGGUCAAUCUGCUGGAAGGACAACAGAAGACCUCCAUAUGGUCUAAAUUGUUUGCAAAACAAGAGUUAAGAGAAGUAGAAUCUGCAGUGAAAUUUUUCUACCACAGUGCUGUGGACAAGGCCUUACAGAGCCCAAAUGGACACCUGGACUUGUUCCUCCGCUUCCUUCUUGGUCUUUCACUGCAAACCAAUCAGACUCCCUUACAAGGUCUGCUGACACAGACAGGAAGUAACUCACAUUCUCAUCAGGAAACUGUCCAGUACAUCAAGGAGAAGCUCAGUGAGGCUCUGUCUGCAGAGAAAAACAUCAAUCUGUUUCACUGUCUGAAUGAACUGAAUGAUCAUUCUCUAGUGGAUGAGAUCCCACGGUACAUGAGUUCAGGAAGUCUUUCCACAGAUAAACUGUCUCCUGCUCAGUGGUCAACUCUGGUCUUCAUCUUACUCUCAUCAGGAAAAGAUCUGGAUGUGUUUGACCUGAAGAAAUACUCUGAUUCAGAGGAGGCUCUUCUGAGGCUGCUGCCAGUGGUCAAAGCUUCCAACAAAAUCAUAAUGAGUCUCUGUAACCUCUCAGAGAGAAGCUGUGAAGCUCUGUCCUCAGUUCUCAGCUCCCAGUCUUCUAGUAUCAGAGAGCUGGACCUGAGUAACAGCGAUCUCCAGAAUUCAGGAGUAAAGCUUCUAUCUGCUGGACUGAAAAAUUCACACUGUACACUGGAAACUCUCAGUGUGUCAGGCUGUCUGAUCACAGAGCAAGGCUGCAUUUAUUUGGCUUCAGCUCUGAGCUCCAAUCCCUCCUGUUUGAGAGAGCUGGACCUGAGCUACAAUCAUCCAAGAGGCUCAGGAAUGAAACUGCUGUUGGCUGGACUUAAAGAUCCAAGUUGGAGACUGGACACUCUCAGGGUGGAGCCUGCUGGAGUCCAAUGGUUGACACCAGGUCUGAGGAAGUAUUCCUGCCAACUCACAAUCGACACAAACACAGUACACACAAACCUCAAACUGUCUGACAACAACAGAAAGGUGACACGUGUGACAGAGGAGCAGUCAUAUCCUGAUCAUCCAGACAGAUUUGACUAUGAGCCUCAGCUGCUGUGUAGAGAUGGUCUGAGUGGUCGCUGUUACUGGGAGGUCGAGUGGAGAGGAGAGGUUCAAAUAUCAGUGAGUUACAGAGGAAUCAGAAGAAAAGGAUACAGUGAUGACUGUUUGUUUGGAUACAACGAGCAGUCAUGGAGUCUGUACUGCACUGAUGAUGGUCCUCGUUCUGUAUGGCAUAAUAACAGAAACACGCUCAUCUCCUCCUCCUCCUCCUCUUCUGUCUCUAACAGAGUAGUAGUGUAUGUGGACUGUCCUGCUGGCACUCUGUCCUUCUACAGAGUCUCCUCUGACACCCUGAUCCACCUCCACACCUUCAACACCACAUUCACUGAAACUCUUCAUCCUGGAUUUUUUGUCUGGUCUGGUUCCUCAGUGUGCCUGUGCUGAGUUGAGUGUAAAGAAGGUCCUCUUGUUAGAGAAACACUCUGACUGUUGAACGGAUAGUUCAGUGUGUACAUGUCUGUCUCUUUCACUCAGAAACACAUUUCCAAAUUCAUGGAUUCAAUCAGUUGAUGUUUUAAACUGUUAUAAAUGAUUACUUGUAAACUUCUUCCUCUUCAGUCCUUUAAAGAUGGAAGCUACGAUGAUUCCAGGAUCUGCAUGUUGUUUUUCUGUCUUUUUUCACUCAAAGCUUCACAGUGAAUAUUAGUAUGUUGUGUUUCUCUGAUGCUCAGUUUACAACCAGCUCCUCUGCAUUUUCAACAGGUCUGAACUCAUUAAAAUGAAUCCAGAUGUUUGAGUUCUCUUUCUUAAUUAAAUUUCUCCAAACUCUCCCCAUACUCUUUCUGUUGACUCAUUUUUUGAAGCCAAUCAUUUCACAAUGGCCCAGCCAUAUAAGUUGAAAAUACUGAGUCAAUAGCUUUUUUUAUCCUAUUAUAACCAUAAUAUGAUUGUAUUGAAGGAUCAUAAUGCAUGUGACUAAAUACAUAGCAAUGGCUGCAUUAACCAUUUUAAACUAGUUUUAUGUUUUCAGACAAAUUUUCAAUAAGAAUAUGGUGCAGUAUGUUGGUAAGCGCUUGUUUCUAAUUUUCUUAGAAAUAUGUAAAUAUGCCUGUAUUGCAUUGCAUAUCUUGUGUAUCACUGUAGCUUCUAUUAAAAAUGAAAACUGUCACAAAGGGUCCUGGUGAAGAAUCUUGUGGAAUUUGGUGGUAGACAUAAAAUUUAUUUUUAACAGAGAAAUUUUAAAAUCACUGUUAUGAUUUCAACUUUAAAUUUAAUAAAAUGUUGUAUGAAAAACUAUGAGGAAGUGAUAUCAGAUGUAAACAAAGGAAAAUUACAGAAAAAUGUCUUUGAAGCAACCUUGUGUCUGUUGGAGUAUAAAUCACUGAGUUUAUAAAGUGCACUUCAAGUCACUGUAAAUUAUGUUCAUGUAUUGAACGAAACAUUACAAGGUACAGGUAUUUUCUAGGGUAGAUAGUUCAGUUGCUUCUCUCUGGUGUGUAGAUGGCAUGACUGAAGUGCCACUUUAGGUGUAUGCCAAUAUCUUUAAAUAACACUUUGGCAACAGUGGAAAUGAAAAACUCCCUUUUAACAGGAAGAACCUCCAGCAGAACCAGACUCAGGAAGUGGUGGCUAUCUGCCACAACAAGCCGGGGGUGUAGGAGAAAGACUGAACAAAGACAUGCUGUGGAAGAGAACCAGAGAUUAACAGUAACAACAAUAAUAAUAGGACUAUUCCAGGAUGACUAUGAGAGAGUUCAGGGUAACCUGAUCCAGGUUAUACAGGCUAUUGGGGAAAGCUCAAGAAGUAUGCACAGCGCUGUCGAUUGAUGACAGCUUAAACUAUAAUAUUGUGAAAGCCGCUGUUCUGUGUGCAUAUGAGUUAGUGGCAGAGGCAUAUAGGUAAAAGUUUACAAUUUUGAACAAAACCACCAGCCUCAUGUGGAGUUUGCGAGGGAGAAAAUGAUAAUUUUUUUUGACAAACGGUGUCAGGCUAAUAAGCUUGUUU